UGAUCGCACAGCGCGGCUGCCGUACAAGCAGAGGAUCUGGCGACUCUUUGCGAUCUACUUUAUAGCGGGCCGGUGGGCGGGACCAUAGCCUCGGCGCUUGGGCAUUUAAACUUUGGCGGGGAGCUUGGCCGAUUACUAUGGAAGGGGGCUGUUGCUGGGAUUUGGCUAAGCGAAUACAGCCCAUUGCACUGCCUUUGGCCUUGUCCCUUGUAACCUGCGCUUUGGCAUAUAUAUAUAAUCAACUUACAGUGGCCGGCCUCCUUCUAGCCAGCUGCUGGACCUACAGGAGCUCUGGGAGGCGGUUCCUUCUGUGGAAGUGGCUCAAAAGCCGAAAACUAGUUCCGGGCACCAAAAAGCUGAGCAGGAAAACUGAGUGGAAGCUGCAGAGUCCUUCUGUAUCCCUGCUGGAGGGAAGCCCGUCUCCCCUGCCUCUCAACAUGGGCACCUACAUGGGCAAGCAAGAGUUUCCUGGCAGGGGAGAGGUGUGCGGGCCCAGAGCCAUUAAGGAGAAGCUGAGUAGACCCAAUCCAUCGGUGCCAACCCCUACCAGGCGUCUGUCAUUCAGGGAUCCACUGUCUUCAUCUCAACGAACCUAUUUGUGUGCUCGAAGGGAUUAUCCUCUUAAACAAGAAAUUUAUAACAAGCCAGGAUCUCUCCCAAGGGUUUGUUUAGAUGGACAACAGCAGCAGAAAAUGCAAUUGACACCCAGACACUUCACUAGGAGGACUCCUGUGAAAAUUUCCCCGCAGGGUCUGAAAACCAAAUUUCAUUUUGACACCGCUCCAGAGCCAAAUAUUUUAUCGCCCUCUCGUCUUGACUUGGAGAAAGUACCAUAUUUGCCUUCCGUCCGCCAUCACAUAGACCUGGAAACCAGUGUGACGCAUUCUCACCAUCUAUCGGAACCAGAGCAGUAUCCAACAUCCCCCUCAAGAUCUAAAGCAGACACUUCUGUAGCAACUUUCUCCAGUCAUCACAAGGAAGAUCCAUGCGCUACGGAGUCUGUACUUAAAGCCCUUAGAGAGUGCUUAAAGAGAAAGAGAAUUAAAGACGAUGACUCUGAAGAUACUGAAAACAAGAGAAGGAAGGAACAUGGGGAAGAAAGUAAGCUGGUUGUGAAUGGUUCCUUUUGCGGAAGCUCUAAAAUGGAAGCCAGCCGGGCAAGUUGGAGGUCUCAAUCCAGUUCUAUGGAGAACCUGUCCCAACAGUCAUCCAUUUCAAUUCAGGACAUCUUAAGAGAGGUACCCUCUUCCAAAAACAGUGACGGCAAACUCUCACCUGCCUCCUCAUCCAGUUUGGAGAAUUUAUCAAAACGAAAGAUUAUCACGGUGCCUGGUCAUAAUGAAAUCACUAGCUCCUUAAGCUCCAGCAGAUAUCACCUGCAGAAAAAGAAGCGAUCUAUGGAUACUCCCAGAUGUGAGACACCCGAUUGGCCAAUAAAAAAAAUGAGAAAAGACCGACUGGAAACUUCUAUGUCACCUUCUCAAGAAACAAUGAAAACCCAAAUUUCUGAAGCACAGAGAGUCGAGGCAAACCCUUCUCCGGUACAGCUGCAUAAGCCUAGGGGAAAUUUGCCAUGGAAACGCCAUGUCCACCUCAUUUGCCCAGAACACCCCGAUGAGUUCUACAGAUUACCUCCUGGACCAAUACCAGGCUACAGCGUGACGCAGGCUGAUUAUGAUGCAGCCAAAGAGGCAGCACAGCAGAGGUUUCUUAAACUAUUCCAGGAGCCAUCUGCACCAUCUGUUCCUUCUGCCCCUGAGACACGGGUAUCUCUGACAUCACAGACCUCAAAUCUCCCUGACAAAUCUUUUCCAGCUGGAAAUGAUAAACCAAACACUUCUGCAGCAAACACUACGUUUACCCUUUUUUCAAGUACUUCUGAUGCAAAAUCAGUUACUGCUUCCAGUACAACACCCUUGCUUUUUUCUACUGUUACUACAUCUGGAACCAGCAGCCUUCAGUCACUGGGAUCAGGUCAAACAAAAUCAGAGUCUCAGUAUCCAAAGAAUGGUCUUUUUCAGGUUCUUGGCAAGCCAGAGGGAAGUAAUAACAAUCAGCCUAUGUUUAACCCAGUAUUUGGACCUUCAGAGAGUGUAAAUCCUUCCCCUGUUACUGCAGCUCCUGGUCUCUCGACAACCACAGCAACCACACUCAAACCAAUAUGUGAGGAUCCACGUAGCCAGCAAGCUCAGACUUCUAUGUUUAAACCAAUAUUUGAGGCUCCCAGUAGCCAGACAGCUCCGUCAGCUCUAACCUCUCCAUUCGUGUUUAGCAGCUCCACCUCCACUACCUCAUCAUCUUUUCUCGGUACCACGGGAAAUAGCACCGUUACAGGCAAGCAGGAAAAACCAAACUUGGCUGUAACAACCUGCACUAGUAACGCCAUUAGUUCCAGUUCAGUACCCACAUUUGGAAUUACAAAGGCUGAUCCUGUUUCUCAAGGGGGACCUACUUCACAGGCAAAUACAAAUUUCGGUUUUAUUGGCAGUACAUCAGUACCUGCUAUAUCAACAGCAUUUGGAUCCACCACAUCUGCAUUUACUGCUACAGUUGGUAGCACUGCAAAUAAUACAUUUCCGCGCAACACUGCCCCGACUGGUGCUUCCAGCAUCUCUGGAAGUGAAGCACAAACUAGCAUAUCCACAACUAACUCCUUCCCAAAAUUUGGAGUAUCCGUAGGACAAAAUGUGUUUUCUGCUAGCAACCCCUUUGGAAGCGGUACCCAAUCUACAACGGGCACCAGUAUACAAUCUGCAACAAACGCCAACUUUAGUUUUGUCGGCAGCACUUCAGCAUCCACUCAGCCUACGUUUGGUUUUUCACAUAACACAUCCAUGCCUUUUGGCAGUGGUACAAAAAGCAGUAACACUUCUAACUCAAGUGGUUUCAGUGCUGUGGGAUCUGUAUUUGGGAGUGCAACUGUCCCUCCAUCUAGUAUUGUUACUCCAAACAAGAGCUCAUCCAUCAUCUUAGGAACCCCAGAGAAAUGCGAAACUAAAAACCAGUUGGUAACAAACCAGAUUCCGUUGGGUCAGGGCUUGACUCCAGCACCGUUUCAAUCUAUAAUGCCAACGCAAAGCUUUACAAGCUCGAGUACUCCAUUUGCACCAAGUACACCAACAGCGAACCAGAGUUCCACCCCAAGCUCUUUUCCAUCUAUGACUGCAGGGCAAAACUUUACAAGUCCUGGCAACAACCUCAGUCCUGCUGCUGGCUUUUUUUCCCAUGGUACUGCACCUAAAACUAGAACAGCAGUUCGACAUAAACUGCAUCCACGUCGGCCACAUCCUCGUAAGAAGUAAUCUGGCUACCCCGAAUUUCAGAAAUGCACUUUCUACUCUCCUAUUGACUGCUCAGGAGGUUAUCCAUAAAUCAAGCAUUCUUCUUUCUUUUUGUGUGUGUCGUGACAGUAUGAUGGCAUUUCAUUACAGACCAACAUCCCAUCGCUCCUGAACAACUAAUUUCUUACUGAAUUUUUCCAAGCACUUGUCAUCUUGCAGAACCAAUAAAUACAGCAUAGCUUGUAUAGUGACUGAUUGCUUAUUGUGAUGCUCAGCCUGCCAAUGUAUCACAUGCUUCUGCUUCUACAGCCUCUAUAGCACAUCCAGACUUUGGUGUUAUUCUUGCUUUUUCCUAGGAAUCAUGGCUUCCUAGAAACAUUUGUAACAUCAACUCUUUAAGUGGUCAUAAACGCAAAGAAAAAUCGGCAUAGAAUGUCUUACCCCAUUUGUAAAGAGUUGAGUGCCACCAAAAUGGACAAAAUACUGUUUAUGCUCAGUGUUUAUACUUGUUCUGCCACAUUUUAGCAGGGCAACACAAAGUGGCUGCCAUUAAUAGUGCGACACAGUAAGUGACAACGAUAGAAGUAACCUAAACUAUGUUGCUGUUUGACUUUUAUGAAAAGGCAGAAAAAAGUUUACAGUCAUUUUAAUUAAAGUAAAUUUUCACUUUUAUUUGCAUGAGAGUAUCUGCAAGAUUGGCAGAUGGCAUGUGUCCUACACAAAAGAAAACACAAUCUAGGAUGGAGAGCUGGCUAAAAUCUAUCCUGAUCAUAUAUACACUUAAAGCAGAGUAUCAGAGGUGUUAAUAAGUCAACUAUCGACCUGAGCUCAAUAACAAUUUUAGCAAAAUGCUCUGGCAUGUGAGGCAUAUAAGCCCAUGGUGGGGAGGCAAAUGUAACCCAAUUUUACACAGUGGUGCUUCCAUGUAGACAAAAAGCCUCUUAACUAUCGAAAUACUUCUCUACUUUGAGUGUCUGUUAUUGUAUGAUUACAUUGUAUGUGGCAAAUAUUACUCUUGUCUACUAUGUUUGUCAAUGCUUGCACUUUAAAAACAAAAAACUUUAUGAAUUGUUCCGGGGAGUUUUUUAGGUAUAUUUAUGUGGUUAUCCUAAUAAAGUAACACAUUUUUAAACCAGUCUAUGCCAGAGCCCUUGGGUAAAGUACAAAACUGUAGUGUGUGCCGUACCUCUAGUGCCGACACUGUGCGACCACAAAGAAUGUUUUAAGAUUUGUGAUUGUCCUUUUGUGUGUGUGUGAUGUGAUGUGGUGCAUGUAGGCUGUCUCAGAGAAAUGUGCGUAGGAUAGCAAAGGUGCAUGAUAGAAUAUCUUAGAUUGUGCUUGCCUGUUGAUAAUUCUAGUUGCAGGGAUAUUAAGUCAAUGAGUAUUAAAGUACACAAAGGAAGUGUAGUUGGCCAAUUUCUCUUAAUGCUCCAGUAAUGAGACAUUAAUCAAUAAUAAAAUUAAUUUACUUUACAAGUAAAAGUGUGUUUUUGUAGUGUGCAGGUAAUUAAUAAACCCUAAUGCAAAACAAGAGAGAUGGCAAAAGAAAAGUCCCCAGUUGCACCUUGCCACUUAGUACUGAUCAUCAGUGGGAAAACAGCAGAAUAAGGAGAAUUAAUGCCACUUUUAAUGACAGGCACUAGAAUCCGUUAACAUUAACUAUAUUGAAUAAAAUAAGAGUUCCUGCUUAAAUCAAGCUUUAGAGACUUAUGUAAGUUGGGUUUUUUUAUUAAGUGUUUUUGUGGUAACUGUAUCAUUUAUGUAGGUGUUAUAUAUGAGAGAGCGAUGGACACCAGGGCAGAGUAUAGUUUUACUGGAAUCCUUUUACCAAUUUCUUGUCAAGGCAAAGACAGGGGUGCGGCAUGGAUUCAUCUGACUCUAUAUUGGCCGAGAACAGACCCUGUGAUCUCACAACCACCUCUCUCAUGUUGCUGUACAUUGCCCCUGCUGUGUGGCUUGAUUUGUGCAGGAGCACUUACCCUUUGUGGCGCUAUGCUUAUUUCCAUUCAAUGUACUGUAUUGCAACUAUUCGAGAACAUAACAUUAAAUCAUAACAUUUUAAUAAUUCUGCUGUUUUCCACUGAUCAGCUGUAUUACACCUAGUGGCGCAGAUGGUGUUCUUUUGUUGUCUCCUCUAUGGUUUUGUAUCCAGAAUAACAAAUGCCUGGGGUUUAUAUUUUUGCAACCAUAUUCUGCAUGCUCUGCACCUAGUGUUGCCAAAAUGGCCACUUAGUAAAGUUCUUAACCUUUCGAUAUUCGGUUUCUUUUUCUUAUAUACAGGAAAAGCGGUUAUUGCUCUUUUUUUAUAUGCCAAGUGAAUGUAUUCAUUCAUUAAAAAGAAAACCUAGUAACACAGCAGUGAUAAAGCAACUCGGCAACUUGGAGUCAUGUCUGUUCAGUAUUGAUUUAAUGUCUGUUUGCUAAGUGUGCGAAGAGUUUCGCAAGUUUUUUUUUAAUUAAUGCAUCAGACUUUUUUAUUAUAAGAAAGUUUUGUAUAUUUUGACUACUUCAAUAAAAGCAACUGUGUUUUAUUGUAUUUAACAAUG